GCUUUCGUACACGGACGACACGGCCAUGAGCAGGUCGGUGGUGCAGUCCCUGCUUGCCAAGCGAGAGUUUGAUGAGGUUGAUAUGGCCAAGAGGUUUGCUGAGGAGUACAAGAAGGAACCCAACCGGGGCUACGGGAUGGCUGUUGUCAAUGUCUUCAAGAAGCUCCUGAGCCCCAAGUGCAGCGACGUGUUCGAACCGGCCAGAGCCCAGUUUAACGGGAAAGGCUCCUAUGGCAACGGCGGUGCCAUGAGGGUGGCAGGCAUCCCGCUCGUGUACUCCGAUGUCCAGGAUGUUAAGAAGUUUGCGAAGCUGAGUGCUGAGUUAACCCACGCCAACUCCCUGGGCUACAACGGGGCCAUCCUGCAGGCCCUGGCCGUGCACCUCGCCCUGCAGGGAGAGCUCAGCAAGGAGACCUUCCUGGAGCAGCUCAUCAGCCACAUGGAAGAUGUGGAGGCAGACGAUAAGUCUCUUACGGACGCCCGAGCGCUAGGAUUCGAGGAUUUACCAUUUUCAAGGCGUCUAAAGAAAAUAAAGGAAUUUCUGGAGCUCAGCAGCGUUCCCAAAGCAGACGUGUUGUUUGAACUAGGCAACGGCAUUGCGGCUUUGCGGUCCGUCCCCACUGCGAUUUACUCCUUCCUGCGCUGUAUGGAAGCUGACCCAGAUAUCCCUGAUCACUACAACAACCUGCAGAGGACCAUCAUCUACUGCAUCUCUCUGGGUGGAGACACAGACACCAUUGCCACCAUGGCAGGAGCCAUUGCGGGGGCUUAUUACGGGGAGGAACAGAUACCCCCAAGCUGGGAGCAGAGCUGCGAAGCUUUCCAAGAGACACAGAAGCUGGCAAAUAGCUUGUAUGAACUCUACUGCCAGCGGCUCUGA